CCUUUCCGAAAACAGACUCCACCGUUGAAGCCUUCGAACUUCGAAGCUCCAAAUAAACCUCGGGAAGCAAGCCAUCGAGCUCAUCUUCCUUCCUUCAAUGGCCAAUCAGUCCUCCUCGUCCUCCUACCCUAUCCUCUGCGCUUCCUUCAAUCAGGACGCCAGUCUCUUUGUGAUAGGCACAAGGGAAGGUUUUAAAGUAUUUGAUUCGAAUACAGGGAGGCUUUGUUACGAGCGAGCUAUUGGAGCCUUCAUUGUUGUCGAAAUGCUGUUUACCUCCAGUCUUCUUGCAAUCGUUGGAGCUGGUGAACAGCCAUCUUUAUCACCUCGUCGUCUUUGUUUGUUCAAUAUAACAACUGGAACUGCUCUCCGAGAAUUGAAUUUUUUAACUUCAAUACUUGCUGUUCGCAUGAAUAAGGAAAGGCUCAUUGUCAUUUUGCAAGAUAAAACGUAUGUGUAUGACAUAAAUAAAGUAAAAAUAUUGGACGCUAUUGAUACAGUGCCAAAUCCAAAAGGGCUCUGUGGGUUCUCUCCCAGUUUAGAUGGUUGCUUCUUAGCUCUUCCUGCCAGCAUCACCAAAGGUUCUGUGUUGUUGUACAAUGUCAUGGAGCUCCAAUCACACUGUGAGAUAGAUGCUCAUCGUGCACCUCUGGCUGCAAUUGUGCUAUGUUCCAAUGGGAUGUACAUAGCAACUGCUUCUGAACAGGGAACCAUAAUCAGAGUCCAUUUGGUUUCUGAUGCAACUAAGUCGUAUAGUUUUCGAAGGGGGACAUACCCAUCAACAAUAUUUUCCUUGUCAUUUGCACCAUCUAAGCAAAUUCCAGAUAUUCUUGUGGCCACAAGUUCGUCAGGUUCUCUUCAUGUUUUCUCUCUGGGGUUUGCUUUAAAUCAAAGAAGCAGGAAAUCAAGUACUAUUCUUGGAUCAAUAAUUCCCAACUCCAUUACUGAUGCACUGGAUCCAGCUCACCGUCAUGUACUUCAUAAUGCUGUUACAGCAGGAGUCAAAAGCAAUGCAGUAAUUCGCAAAGUUGACAAGGUUGCCGAUGCAUCUACACCUGGAAUUGCAUUUUGCAAGGCUACGAUAUCUAUAAUAACCUACAACGGGUACUUCCAGGAAUACAGCUUUAGGCUGAACUAUCAAAAUGAGCCUUUGUGGACUUUGGAGCAUGAAUUUAAUCUUUUAUCACCAGUCUCAGAUAAUGCCAGCUCGUGAACAAAUGUCACACAGACACAUCCAUGCUCAAAGCUUGGUAAAGUGCACACAUGUUACCAUAUGCUAUUCCCCCUUUAUAGAAUGAAUGUUUCAUCUUUCUUGUUUUUGUUUAAUAUCUACUCCUGCUUACAUAACAAAUACCAUUCAUUGUGACUGAAUAGAAAGAACUGUUGCUAAAAUUCUCCAGCAGUAUAGUGAGAAACCGUGAUGGACAACAAAGACUUCAAGAAACGAUUAUGCCACAUAUGUUGAUAUGGUUACAUUGUAGUGCUCCUUUGGUUAAGAUAUUGGUCUGUUAGCCCUAACUUUGUGCGGAAGUAGGAAUUCAUAUUAAAGAUUGUCCAUGUAAAUAUUACUCAUUCUAUGAUAAUUUACAUGUUACUCACUCAAUUCUAUGAUAAUUUUAUGUACCCUCGUUAUCAUUUA